AUGGAGCCAGAACGGAUCACUAGUUCUUCUAGCGGCGAAAGGGAGCACUUGGAUAACUCCGCAAAUACCUCUGUUUGGCAUGAAACGACUUUCGAUUCACAACGUGAAGAUCGCAUGGUUGCCUCACGCGAUACCCCCAACGGCCAAACAGUUCAGUACGCCGACCGUGAUGAAGCACGACAUACGGAAGUUGCUCAGGACAUGUCAUACUCGCAAACAUCCAGCCCCUCCAUCGUCGAAACGCCCCUUCUCCCUGCUGAUUCACCUCAGUCCAGACAGACGCCCACACACUCAUUAUCCCACAGCGCCAACCUGAACUACAUAUCCUCUCCCUUGAAUCCUAAUUUCUCCAGUUCGUCCUCGCCGCCAAAUCCGCGUUAUCGGUCGCAGUCUCGCCAAAGCAUGCAAUUCAACCGCGUAGCUUCAGAGGACUCCCAGGUCCUCGCUGCAUCCAACAUGGCCUCGCUUCCUUCUAGUCAACGUGGUUCAAUGAUACUAUAUCGUUUGGCCGUAGAAGACAAGGGCGGUCCAUUGAUCCGACCAAAGCCACUCCCUCCCCGCGAUUCGGUCUUUACUACCUCAGGAGAUUCUAUUUUCUCACUUUCAUACGACAGCAAGUAUCCUUCUGGUGCUUGGAAUGCACGUGGUGCUCUCGUGCCCUACGUCUAUGACCCAGCCCUCGACGAGCUAGAUCAGGAUGAUUCCCCCGAUGAUCCUGAUGAUGACGCUUUCAACGAACGUACCUUUCCCCUCAGAGGUAUCCUCAAUGUUGGGGUGCUCUCCCUCCUCAUUUUGGCUCUCUUAUGUCUCUUUAUCAUCUACCCCGUUCUCAGUUAUUAUCACGACCGCGCCGAGAAAGACUUCAUUACAGGCAACGUACUCGUCAAUGGAACCGGCCAGGUCUCGUAUCUAUUCCAAAUGGCACAACUCAUCGAUCCUGAUACGCCUAGUAGUGCCGCAACGCGAACAGGAUUUGAUGGCCUCCCUUACGAGCUAGUCUUCUCGGACGAAUUCAAUACAGCCAACCGCACUUUCUGGCCUGGAGAUGAUCCCUUUUGGGAAGCCGCAGACAUCUGGUACGGGAGCACCGGCGAUCAGGAGUGGUAUGACCCUGGCCAAAUAACAACAAGGGAUGGGUACUUGAGCAUCGUCAUGGACCAGAAUCCUGAGAAUGACUUGCCCUACCGGAGUGGUAUGCUCCAGAGUUGGAACAAGUUUUGCUUUACGGGCGGUUAUAUCGAGGUGUCGAUCAGUUUACCGGGUCCGAAUCAGGAGACACAGGGCUAUUGGCCAGGUGCAUGGACGAUGGGUAAUCUUGCACGUCCGGGAUACGCUGCGACUACAGACGGCGUAUGGCCUUACUCCUAUGACUCCUGUGAUGUUGGCACUUUCCCGAACCAGACAGAGCCGGAUGGUUCUGGACCUGCUGCUGCUCUUCAGUCAAAUGCUUCGAAGGCCAAGUACAAUUAUGAGCUAUCAUGGCUGCCAGGACAGCGCCUGUCGUCAUGCACCUGCCCAGGAGAAGAUCAUCCCGGGCCAUCCGUAAAUGUCGGCCGUGGUGCCCCUGAAAUCGAUAUUCUCGAGGUCGAACAUAAUAAAGUGGGCUCGGGACAGGUCGUCUCGCAGUCCGGCCAGUUUGCACCCUUCUCGCACGAUUACACCUAUCUCAACGACACCCAGGAUGAGUGGUUUAUCAACACGCCUAGUAUUACAACUGCAAAUCCUUAUCUAGGGAGUGCAGUCCAACAAGCAGUAUCUGCCUUAACGGUUCUUCCCGAUGAUAUUUUUGAAGAAUCCGGCGCGCAGUUCACGACUCUUGGCUUCGAGUAUUGGUCGGAUCCCUCAAAUCCCUCAGAUGGGUAUAUCGCAUGGCAGACCGCUGGCGUCGAGUCCGCGCGUGUUGGCGCCGCCGCACUUGGUCCCGAUCCGUUACCACUUGGCACAGGCGUAUCGCAGCGACUGAUCUCUGUAGAGCCAAUGUCCAUCAUCCUCAACUUGGGUAUAUCACCGAAUUGGCAGACAAUCGACCUAAGCACGAUGAUUUUCCCUGCUGAGAUGCUCGUUGACUACGUUCGUGUGUAUCAGCGGCGAGGGCAGACGAAUGUUGGGUGCAGCCCCCAAAACUAUCCUACGGAGGAUUAUAUCAACCAGCAUAUGGAUUCGUAUAUGAAUCCCAACCUUACGUCGUGGAAUUAUCCAACACCGAAAAAUAGCUUGUAUUCUGGCGGAUGCUAA